AUGGCGGAAAGCGGACAGAAUGUUGACAAACAGAGCGAGGGAAGUUCAGUGAGUGAUACGAUUAAUAAACAGGGCUGGCUUUCGAAAAGAAGUCGUCUUUCAAAACACUGGGAUAGACGAUGGUGCUGUCUCAAGAAAAAUGAGUUAUCUUAUGGUCUUUCAGCUGAGGUGAGGUGAUAAAAAAUAAUGGCUUGCUCUGAUUUUCCAUCAGCCAGCUCAUGUGAUGAAGUAUGUCAAUAAGUUUGUUACAUUGUCAAGUACGAAUUAUAGUUGGUGUUAUGAACUGAGUGAAUGAGUUUUAUGAAUGAAGGGACCGGCUAGAGAUACAAAAGUUGGCACUUCUAGCUUUUGCCAUUAGUUUGUAAUCCAAAUAAUCCAAAGCGAUUUUUCCCGGAUAUAUUUGAUAACAGGUGAUGAGGCUAAGCACGUUUGACCUGUCAGUGCAAGUAUCGCUGAAGUGUUCGAAAAAAAAACUGGCUGAGCACCUUAAAUGGCUUUAAGGUUUUAUGUAAAGAAGUACGUUAAGCUGUGCUUUACAUCAACUGAACCUUUACACUCUGUAUAUCAAUUAAUGUAAAGCUUUCUCCAGUUUUUAUAGUUUAACGUGAUACAAUGUAGCCUAGACUUUCAUAAAAGUCCUUUGUCCUGUUUAAUAUGUCGUGGGACAAAGGACUUAACAUACUUGAUUGGUGCUAGUUUUAGCAACCCAGAAACAGGUCGCUGCGCUUCAACCAAUCAAAGUACAUGGAUUCAAUUACAAAAGCGAUAAAUGAUGCUCUAGAGACCAAGGGAUCUUCUCAGAGGAAAACAAUCAAAGUGGGAAAAAUGUGACUUUUGAGAUGGCUCCAUAAGCUUUUUCAGUGUCGGAGAAACACAGAACUGGUGAGAUACAGUCGUACUUCUGCUUUACAGAAACUCAUAAAAAGCUUGGUCCACUUGUUUAGAAACUUGAGAGGUCAACUUUUAAAAUUUUCAACUAAAUUCAUAAAUAUAUCAUGGUCUAACACUGACAGAAAGAUGCUGGUAUUUUAUGUGCAGUGUUUACUAUUCUGCUGCCAUAGUUCACAAAGAUCGAGGCAGCUCAGUUUACCUUUUAAUGUAUGGGUUCCUUCUGUAGGUACCAAGGCACAGAUUACGUUCAACGAAAGAAACAAAUGAAUACAAUCAAACAAUAAAGCCUCCAGCAGAACUGUACUGUUUUGUUCCUUUGUUUCUUUUGUGAUGACAAUACCUGUAGAAUAGCCUAACAUAUGGUGCUUAGCUUGUAGUUUUUCUACUUCUCCACUUGAACACUUCAGCAAUACUUGCCCUAACAAGUCAAUUCCAUCACCUGAGAUCAAAUAAAUGCUUGGGGGAGGACUUGAGCAAUAAACUUGCCCAACGGUAGGGAGUAAGGAGAGACAGCCAUGUAGGUUAAGGGCUCUGGAAUGUCAUGGGUUAGAUUACCAUUCGGGAAUGAAUAAGUAAUUGUUAUAAUAAGUUACUGUGUAUUUUUGUUCUAUAUCUGACAGUGAUAAUGUUAUAUGUAUUGAUAUAUUUUUAUUGUCAUUCCUUUAAAUCACAGUUACAUGUGUAUUAACGAGCAUAAGUAUUUUCAAAUCAGUUUAAUCUACGUUUUCUGUUAGUGGUGCUGCAGUCCAUGGAAUGAAAGAUAGGUAAACAAAUUCAUCCACAAAAAUUCAAAAUGGUGAAUGUCACUAUGAGGGUAUAAUUUACAACAAAAUUGACCUAAUGAGAAGAGAAAUGAUGAAUAAUACUUUGCGUUUUAUAUUUAGUAGUAUCUACUAAUCACAACAAAAAAUAUAAUAUCAUCAGGAAAGCUGUGACUCCUAAGAUACUGCGAUCACGAUAGAACUUAGACACAGCUAAAAACAGGUCAUUUUAACGUAGAAAUGUCCCUGUCAAUGCAUGCACUACUUUUCUUUUCAUUUUUGGUCUAGGAUUGUUUAUUAUUUUUUUCUUCAUAGAACAGCUAUACACCACGUACUAAAAACUUUAAGUAAGAAAACCCUUUACUUGUUUUUUGUUUAUUCCGUUAACAAAAUUUGUUUAUUCUGUUAACAGGAGCAAUCAAAAGUCGUAAUGUUAGAGGGAUGUGAAUUAUCUGACUGCAACAUAGACAAGAAACAGUUUGCCUUCAGGAUAAAGCCAAGAGGAGCUAAAAGAGUUUACUUCUUCUCAGCUGAGAGUGAACAAGACCAACAGGAAUGGAUGCAAGCAAUAUGCUUUGCAAAAGCAUCAGGGCACAUGGGGGAUGGAUCUACAGCUUGUUCAGUGCAAUAACAAGAGUUUGUGAAAUUAUGGAACAAGUCUUCAGGAUUGGAGGUUUUGAAUAUAUUAAAUACAAGGACAUGAAGAAGCUUGAAGAGGGAUGGAAAAUAUUAUGCACUAUGCAUGCUAGGCAUUUUACAGAAAUAAUCAGCUGGGUGUAUUUUUCCAAGCUGCUGAUAUUAUUUAUAAGCUAUAAGCUAUGUACAUAGCUUUCUUUUACAUGAGACAUAUCAUCUAGGGAAGAGACUGAGCAUUUUAAAAUGGCAGGAUUAUUCGACAAGUUUGUGGACAUUUUAGUAUAAGAGAGAAGAAAAAAAUUAUUGAAAGGCAAGAAACACUACAAUACAGGGUCACCUAGCCUGGGUUUGUACCUACUCCUUGAAUCCCUUUUAUUGGAUCCUCCUUCUGAAAUUUGAUAUUGCUUGGCAUGAAUGCCCAUAGUGUGUUA